AUGUCUUGGUAUCGCGAUCCUUCUCCCGUGGCUUCCGGCUACUGGGGUCCUAUCACAUCCACCCUCGUGUGGUGCGAGCGAAAGUACCGCUGGUCGUACUACGUUGCUGAGCCGAUCAACACCGCCACCAACGUGUUCUUUAUCGCGCUUUCGCUCUACGGCUUUCUCUCCUGCCGUCGUCAGGCACUGCCGCUUCGCUUUGCGCUGUGUCACCUGGGGGUGGCGUUGGUUGGGUUUGGAUCGGCCUGGUUCCAUGCUACGCUGCUGUAUUCUACCCAGCUGCUGGACGAGUUGCCCAUGAUCUACACCUCGGCCCUGCUCACGUAUUGCGUCUUCGAAACGGCGCCCUCGCAUCUCAAACCGCGGUUUCGAAUUCUGCUACCUUCGUCUCUCUUUGCUAUGGUGGCAUGGAUUACCGCCGUGUAUCUGCGCAAUGGUAAUCCGGUGUUUCACCAAUGCGCAUACGCCGCGAUCCAAAUCCUAUCCACCUUGCGCGUCAUCUCCCUCCUCACUGCCACACCCUCCCCCCUCACCUCCGCCGCGGGAAAGGCACGCAAGAAAGAGAUUACGCGGUUAUACCUCUUUGGCGCAGUGAUCUUUCUCACCGGAUUCGGCGUGUGGAACGUGGACAACAUCUUUUGCGCCCAGCUGCGCGCCGCACGCCAAUAUGUAGGCUACCCCUGGGCCGUGUUUUUAGAGGGCCAUGGUUGGUGGCACAUCCUCACAGGCUACGGCGCAUACUCGCUCAUCACUGCGGGGUCGCUGCUCGCGCUGUGCUACAAGGAGGAGCCGGCCAACUUCGAGCUUACCAAGGCGGCGUUUCCCAUCGUCAAGCGCGUCAAGCCGUACAGCCCUCCCAAAGCACGCAGAAAGAUCACGCAGUAG